AGAACCGGAGCUCGGCCAAUAGGUAAAUUAGUGUGCGCUCAGGAAGGUAAUCGGAUUACAGUUGUCCAAUGAAAAACCACAUGAGCAUCAACUGUCCAUCACUACAGUAUAAAUGCUUUCAUUCAUUUUGUGUUCAAAAUGCCGCACUUUAUCAAUCGAGACCAGAUAUUUGCGCAUCAAGUCCAUCUGUUAGAGCAUAAACUACGGAGUAAGGAGGAGCGCAUUUUGGAGUUGAAAACCGAAAAUGCUCUUCUUCAUCUGAGACUUACUGAGUGUUUGGGCAGACUUCGUCAUGAAAGGAACAAGGACAUCCAUGUCCAGAGACAGAAGCAGCAGUGGAAAGUGCAAAAGUCUACACACGUCGCUCUUUCCAAACUUCUGUCUGAAGUUCAGGUGCUAAAAGAAGACUUGAAGGAUGUUUUAACAAUCUACAUGGGGUUUGCCAAAGAACUGGAGGAUCAAAGCAGACAGCUGUUGGAAUUUGUGGGCACUGCUAAAAAUGGUAUUCAGAAUUUCCAAAGUGAAAUUAAAAACCUGCAGGCUCGGGUAGCUGCACUUGAGCACUCUUUACAGCAGGAGCAGCAGAGGUGUGGAGAAGAGAGAGCGAGGAGAAGACUGCUUCACAACACCUUAGUUGAGUUGAGGGGUAAUAUAAGAGUUCACUGCAGGAUCCGCCCAAUUCUACCUUUUGAUCACAGCCCAGGAUCUCCUACAAACAAUGGAGCCUCCUCAUCUGAAGCAGUGGUCCAGGCCAUCAAUGAUGAUUCUGUUCUUGUGAACUGCACCAAAACCCCAAGUCCAGUAAUGAACAAAAUCUUUGAGUUUGAAAGAGUUCAUGGUCCAGAGGAUGACCAGGAGACGGUGUUUGAAGAAGUGAAACCCCUUGUAACAUCUCUGCUUGAUGGGUUUAAUGUAUGCAUCAUGGCAUACGGACAGACAGGCAGUGGGAAGACGCAUACGAUGAUCGGCUCUCAGUCUGAGGGUCUCACAGCAGCAGUGAAGGACUCUCAAAAGGGCAUCGUUCCAAAAGCAGCCAAAGAACUCUUCAAGCUGAUCUCCGAGAAGCCUUCAGACAUUCAUACAGUGGAGAUGUCUGUGGUGGAGGUCUAUAAUAAUGAGGUUCUGGAUCUGCUGGCCAGAGAUGAAGAUGGAGCUGCAGUUGGAGUAAAGAGAGAGGUUAUCACCACCAGCACAGGCACAAGUGAAGUGCCCUGUUUAACAUACGAGCAGGUACGGAGUUCAGCAGAGGUGAUGCAGCUGAUCAACUCUGUGUUAAAACUAAGAGCUCACAGUCCCACCCUGGUGCACAGAGACUCUUCCAGAUCUCAUUUCAUCGUCACUCUCACCGUCACCUCCAAAAGCCCAGAUGCACUGACACUGGCGCGCAGAUUACAGAGUGCAAGGCAGGACGUCCGAAGGCUGUCUCAGAAGGAAUGGUGGAGCCCGCGCUGCCGCAGGGCCGCCUCCUCUUCUACAUCAAGCCCCGCCUCCUCGCCCUGCCACUCCCCUUGUCAGUCUCCAUGCCCAUCUCCCCGGCCCAGCAUCACACAGACUCCCCUCAAGACCAAGCUUCAGUUGGUAGACCUGGCCGGGAGUGAGUGCGUGGGGAUGUCAGGUGUGAGUGGUGCAGCUCUAUGGGAGAGCUCCUGUAUAAAUCGCAGUCUGUCGGCUUUGUCUGAUGUUCUGGGAGCUUUGGCCGAACAGCGACCCCACGUGCCCUAUCGCAACAGCAAAUUAACACAUCUGCUGCAGGACGCCAUAGGAGGGGAUGCCAAACUCCUGAUAAUGUUGUGUGUAUCCCCCGCUCAACGCUUUCUCACAGAGUCCCUUCAGUGUCUGGGGUUUGGUGCCAGAGCCAGACAGGUCCAGAGAGAACCACCACGCAGAAAGAACACCGCUCUGAAGAUAAAGUAACUUGGAGAAGUGACCAACAGUGAGAUGUAUUUGAUGCAAAAGGCCAUGAAGGAGAAUGUUUAUGCAUUUUGAUCAUAAACUUGUGUUAUUAGGGUGCUUGAGUCAUAUUGAAGUUAUUUGUAAAAUAGUGAAAUAUAUGCACAUACUGUAUGUGGUUCUUUACCUAAAACUGAUAGAUGAGACUUGUUACAUGCUAUAAACAACAAUAGUUGAUUUCGUAGUGGCUUAAAUGUAUGCUU